GUUUUCAUUGCCUCGAAUGAGUAAAUUGCAUUAGUUAUGUAAUUCUUGAAUUCAAUAGUUAAUAUUAUAUGGUAUAAAAAAUGGGCAGAUGAAGCAGUAAUUUAAAAGAAUUGGGUGGCGCAGCGCAGCUCACCUCCUCAGUUCCCAGCAGUACACAUUCGUAAGAUUUGAUAAAGAAAGAAAUAACUGAGUCACAAACACUUGCAUUUUCCGAAUCGGACGCUCCUCUGCGCAUUUUAGGUUUUCAUAUUCUUCAUCGAAUUUGGUGACUAAAACGAAAAGGAAAUAGAAAAAGAAAACUUUUUAACAUGUCAUCGGAUGAUCCCAACCCAAUUAUCGCGGAUGAUUCAUUACUCGCCGCCGCCGCCGACACCGCCACCACGGGAUCAUCAUCACCGCCGCCGCCGGUUGAGAUCCCUCUAUCGUGGCCUUCGGAUGGAAAGCUGAGUCUGGAUUGGAUAAAAGAUUUCAGCGCAGCCUUGGAGUGGUCAUCAAGAAAUGUAGGUCCUUCAGAUUUAGAUGGUGUGUUGCCAGUUGCCGUAUUGGACUCUCUUAUACUCACGGCUUCCAAGAUUCUACACAAAGAGCCAAAUUGUGUGAGAAUAGAGGAAUGCACGAGUGUUGCAGAUUCAAGUGUUGUAGUAGUUGGAGACUUACAUGGACAACUACACGACCUUUUGUUCCUAUUGAAGGAUGCUGGGUUUCCUUGUGAUAAUCGCUUCUUUGUUUUCAAUGGUGAUUAUGUUGACCGGGGCGCUUGGGGUCUCGAGACCUUCUUGCUCUUGUUAGCUUGGAAGGUUUUUUUGCCACAGAGGGUGUUUCUCCUCCGAGGCAAUCAUGAAUCCAAGUAUUGCACAUCUGUUUAUGGCUUUGAAAAGGAAGUUUUAGCAAAAUAUGAUGAUAAAGGUAAGCAUGUAUAUAGGAAGUGUUUGGGAUGCUUCGAAGGGCUUCCCUUGGCCUCUAUUAUAGCUGGUCGUGUAUAUACUGCUCAUGGAGGACUUUUCCGCAGUGUCUCUGUCACUCCUUCAAAGAGAUACAAAGGAAAGAAGAACCGAAGAAUUAAUUUUAAUCCUGACGCUAACCGUUUAUCUCUUGGUUCUUUCGAGGAGCUGUCUAAAGCUCGAAGAUCUGUUCUUGACCCUCCAUGGGAAGGUCUGAACCUCAUUCCUGGUGAUGUUUUGUGGUCCGAUCCAACAAUGAGACCUGGACUUUCUCCAAACAAAGAGAGAGGCAUUGGUCUACUAUGGGGACCUGAUUGUACUGAAGAAUUUCUGAAAAAGUUCCAGCUAAAGCUAAUAAUCAGAUCCCAUGAAGGUCCUGAUGCCAGAGAAAAGCGGCCUGGUCUUGCAGGAAUGGAUGAAGGCUACACCAUAGAUCAUAUCGUAGAGUCAGGAAAGCUCAUUACUGUAUUUAGUGCUCCAGACUAUCCACAAUUUCAGGCAACAGAGGAGAGGUACAAAAAUAAAGGGGCAUAUAUAGUCUUAAAACCCCCUGAUUUUGAUCAGCCAGAGUUCCAUAGUUUUGAAGCAAUUACUCCAAGACCAGAGGUGAAUGCCUAUUAUGACUAUGAGGAUGUGAUAGAUUCUGAUGAAGAACUGGACUUAGGUUCAAUGGUAACGGCUCCUUAAAGACCAUCAUAUGUUUUGAACGUAGGAAAAUCAGCAAAUUUUUGAGUUGCAAAUUGAUUCUCGUACAUGAUAUUGUUGUGUGCCAAUUAUUUUUUGCUUCUACCAAAUCCAUUUUCUAGGCGCUUUCUGCCUUAUAUGUGGAAUCCUUUAUAUAUAAUGUACCCUCAUGCAGAGCAAUGGUAAAAUGUUGGCUUGUUAUAGUUAUCAGUUAAUUUUUCUUCCA